GUUGUCAUACAAAUGUACUAUAUUUCAGGAUGGCAACGCUGGUGUGUUUACUCAUUGUGUUGCUAGGGGUGAUGCCACAUGUACAUGCCGUAGCCCCAGUUUUCACUACGCCAAAUCCAGAUGUCAAUAAUCCUUUGCAUAAGCUAUAUUUAGACGAGGAUAAGAAAGGAAAUGACGUAGUUGCCACUCUUGCGGCAACAGACGCCGACACGGAUGAUAACUCAUUGGUGUUCUCCAUGGAUACAUCACCAACAGCGACAAAAGACCUUUUUGAAAUAAAUAGUAGGACUCUUAGAGUGAAGUCAACCGUCACUGCGGGCACCUUUGAUUACGAGAAAAACGGUGCUAUUAAAGAAUACUCAAUCACUCUACAAGUGACUGAUGGUACCGACACGACCACUUUAACAACGACUAUUUCUAUACGAGAUAUUAAUGAAACGCCAGUGUUUUCGGGGACGCCACCUUAUGUCGUAAAUGUAGCUCAGUCUGCGUCGCCAGGAACAACUGUACAUAAGGUAGUCGCAACAGACCCUGACGAUGGAAACACGAUCACCUAUGGUCUCACGGGUGCCUCACAGUUCGAAAUCAAUCCCACAACAGGUGUUAUAAGAGUUACAAGUGGUACGGUAUUUAAUAAAGCAACAACCUCGCAAUAUUCCGUCACUGUUACGGCUACGGAUAACGGGAGUCCAAUUCUAGUUGCCACAGCUAAAAUCAGAUUCGACAUUGUUAUUAGUCCAACAUUUAUUCCAUCAACGCCAACAACCGCCACUGUGAAUGAAAACGCAGCAAUAGAUACAUCUGUAUUUACGGUGAACGUUGCCGAUGGGGAUACUCCGAGUGGCAGUUUGGUAAUUUCUAUUAAAAGCCAGACUCCAAACACACCGACUAAUAUGUUUAAACUGGAAAACAGAGUCUUAAAGACAAACAAAGAUGCCUUUAACGCUGAAGUUCAUCGAACGUAUGCCAUUGUAUUUCGGGUUACGGAUGGCACAUUUACCGUAGACAGUGCAAUUUUAACAGUCAAUGUGAAUGACUUAAAUGACAACUCUCCCGUUAUAACUCCUGUAAGCCCUAUAACCAUUCCUGAAAGCAAACCUUUAGGUACAGCAUCUGUGGUUGUUGACGUCGCUGCAACUGAUGCCGACAUUUCGUCACCCAAUAAUGUUUUGACUUACGCUAUAGUUUCUGGAAACACCGCUACAACAUUUGGUAUUAUUGCAUCAACUGGAGUGAUAUAUCUCCUCAAGGCACCAUUGUCAUCACGUUAUACGUUGAAGGUCAGGGUGUCAGACGGGGCGACACCGCCAUUGUCCAGUGAAAUUGACAUUGUUGUAAAUGUAAAUGGAAGUGAGUAUUCUAGUUAAAGGACGUAAAGUAAAUUAAU